AUGGGCAACAUGGGUAUAGCCACAGAAGACAAGACGGCCCAAUAUAGCAUUCAGAACUUUGGCAGCCUAAACCAAGUGGCUCUUCGACGUGUUCUAACCGAACCCGGAACGAGCUCUCUCGGUAUCAGUCAGAUGUUUGUCACUAUCUCUCUUCCAUUCGAUGAGGAAACUCAGAGUUACAUGCUACCUAAGAAUGUUACCAAGCCACAGUCAAUUGGAAAAGGACCGGAUAAGUCUAUAAUAUGGCAAAACUAUACUUUCCCCGGGGUUGGCAAAGGGGAUGAGUUUGUUCUAAUGGAAUCUGCUGGAGAUACAAAUAUCCCGGCUGCAACUUCAGUGAUCUCACUCACCCAUCCUUUUCUGACUGCGGAAAAGGCUAAACAAGUCAAUGAAUGGGUCGCUGAGGGUAAGGAAAUGGAGGCAACCAGCAAACAGCCUGAGCACCCACCUACCCCGCCACCACCCGAGUCUUCAAGCAAUACAACAUUGGUCCCAGGUGCUAAGAGAGCUCCCGCUAUUAAAACAAGACGGCCCAUUCCAUCAAACCAAUCAGUUCCAUUGGUGGUGCCAGUGGCGAUAUCUGAACGUGUCAAGACCCCUGAUCUUCUACCCAAGAAAGAAGAUGUUACCACACCUCGCAGAAAAUGGAAAAUGACGUAUAGCGCCGAAUCGGGGAAUACAGACCUGCGUGUCGGCUGUCCUAGACCCGCUAGCCCUUGUGAGCUGCGAGAUGCCGCUGAUUCCUUCCUUAAUGCUUCGACACCUGCACCGAAACCACGCCUCCCCCUAGUCUUUGACGAAACGAAACAUGAGCUCAAUAAGCAUCCACGUCUUCUGGACAUCAAAAAUAAUGACCAAAACGCUCUCAAAGCUCAAAGAAAAGGCGAUUAUGUACCCUCUCGGACGAAUAGAAAGCUCGACACGAACAAUUUGCUUGUCGAUGUGACCGCACCAGCUGCUAUAAGAAUGAAUUCUCUUCCAAUGAUGCGUGCGGAUCAGCCAGCUUUGAUACCACUGAAUGCGGACUUAGGCUCGGAGCAAUCGGUUCUGAACAGCAAUGCUCCCUCACGAGUAAACAACAUCGCCGACGAUUUGAAUGGCUUAGUGAUCGAAGCUGAUCGUGGAUCUUCAAAUGAGCUUGGUUGCCCUAUAUUACAUGAAGGACCAAAACCGUGCAGAAAUGACAAUAUUUCAGAGCAGGUAAAAAGGCUCGUCAUGCUGGAAGAGGUUUUCCUAGAGCAGACGAGAGAAUUACCCACAAUUAGUGAAAUCCCCGCACGCGUUGCCAACUCUCCCAUUCCCCUAGGUCGAAUAAACGCGAUCCUGACUAAAAGGCGACUUGAAGAGCUCGAGAGACGACAUAAAGCGGAAGGAAAACAACCAAGCGAUGAGAUGGCUACCAGGGAGUUUCAUCAUACAAUGAAUCACAAGGCGCCCAAGCCAAGUCACAAUGCCUCGAGCAAAUCUUCGAGAAAAGCGAAGAGGCAAGCCACUCUGGAGGAUGCCUGGGGAAUACCAAAAAAGCCGACAAAGAAAGACAACCCAGCCCCUCCUGGAAACAUGGAGGCCAAAGGCACGUCUUCCCGACAUACGGCGCAAGAAAAUGUGCGACAUGCCCAAAAACGGCAAGCAGAGCUGAGUAUGGAUGAGAGUAUCAAACAGCUCUUUGAGAUCCUAAAACCCACAUUGGAAGCUGCCGAAUAUUUCCCAGGAUCCUUGAACUUGGAGGUUCAGAUAGGUCUCGCAUUGAUUCCAGUUCUGCCGAAGACCUACGAGGAGGGUCUGGCUUCCUUGAGAGAGUGGACAGAGAUAAUGCAGCCACAGACUGGCGUAUCUGCACCAACUACCAAGUUCAUUGAUAGGCUCACAACAUCGGGAUCUGACGUUGACUAUAUUGUGAACCUGAAAACAUCACAAGAUGGGAAGCGCCGUUUCUUCGAACAUGAAGACAACGAGUAUAGUGUUAUCUAUGAGUUCCAUUGUCUUUAUAAAACAAAUCAACCUAUCAUCGUCGAAGUCGAUGAACGCGGGAAGUAUUCCAUCAAGAAGCCAACCGAACCGCUAGGCGCAGUCAAUAUUCACUUUCCUGGUAGUGCCUGGGAUGCUCGCAUGAUUGUUCGUGGCAAUAUCGCAUAUCCUACCCAUGAAUACCGGGAAUUUGAAGACGCGGCUCGAUAUAUGGUGGACCAUCUCUGGGUUCCGCCCGAUAAACACACCGUCCGUCUUUUUACUAAACUCUCCAAAAACGAACAUCUGACUGUCCAAAAAAUUUUUAUGAAGCGCUGGACCCGCUAUCGGUAUAUUCAUUCGAACGAUUUCUCCUUAAAAGGCACCAACACCCCCGACACUUCGUCGUCUACCGGAGGAAAAGCAGAUUCUGCCACUGGUUCCGUGGGAUCCAAAAGUGCUGCAAAUGACACGGUUAGUGAAGACAACAGUGAAAACCCCGAAGAACAAGAUCUUCUAUUGCAAGUCACAGAAGUGCAGGAUCUAUUAAUAGGGUCUAACCUCGCGGACACUCAAGCAAUAAGAGCUCGUUGCGCUCCACUGUCUGAGAUGAUACGCAAUGGAAGGCAGUGGUAUGAGGUUUCGCUUGUUAGCUCUGCCAUUGAUGCUAUAUUGAAGACAAAUGCGAAUAUCGAAGUUGGAGAGCGCACGGAUGAUUGGCGGAGCCUUGACCUAUUUGGAAACGACGCUAUUUUACUGCACGACAGUAGACCUGGCUGUGCAGAUACAGCAUUGCCAUCCAGGCCGGUCGCUACCGCCGUAGGGGCCGCAGGUAUUGGUAAUCUCCUCCGCCUAACAAAAGUGGUAGUUCAGAACAUGGAUGGCGUUGGUUUUUGGAACUGCGGACCUUGUGUUGAUGCUGCCCUGAUGCCAGUAGCCGGUUCUCUGAACACCCCAAGUAUCCCCAACAGAACUAACACAUCUCCCAUGGGCGCGAUGAUAAAGACGGAAAAGAAGAGCUUGAACUUUGACGAACUGGAAAGUAUCAAGGAAGUGGGAAGUAGCAUUGGUGACGUCCCGGUGACUAGCAAACCAAAUGUUGCUUCCUCUGACCAGAAGAAGGAGCAGAUCGAGAUAGAAUACUGGUGA